AUGCAACAUACAGCGAAUGUCAACGCAAAUACAAGCAGCUUGGAGGCACGUUCAGCUUCCUCUUCUCGUCGCUUUGAUUGCAGGCAAGCAUCGUUCAGCAGAACUUCCUUGUAUGACUAUCUUUAUAGGCAUGACUGUAUUCCAAGUGGAUGGGGUGAAUUUUUCAGUAGUCGCACUAUUAAAGGAGAAGUACGCGAAAUUUCAGGUCAUCUUGAACGCGAUGCCAGGCGGUAUACCAUAGAGCCCUCACUCUCCGAUGUAUUUAACGCCUUCAAGGUCGGCAGUGUUCGACACGUAAAAGUUGUCAUUUUAGGACAGGAUCCAACACCUCAGGCAAACCAGGCAACAGGCUAUGCCUUUAGCCUGUGGUCAGAUCAGGAACCCGCUGAGGUUCCUGCUGUCUUCAACAUGCUCGUGGAGUUGGGGUGGGAGGGAUACCGAGUUGGUCUGUCAAACGGGGACUUAAGACCAUGGGUUCGCCAAGGAGUCUUUCUUCUCAAUUCAGCACUAACUGUCCGACAAGGAUCAAAUAAUGCAGGGUCUCAUCAAAGUUUAUGGAGGGACUUUAUGCAAUAUCUGCUGCAGGAAAUCAACAAUAACGCCGGUCCAACGGCAUGGCUUCUUUGGGGAAGCGAAGCUAGGGGUGCACGUAACUUGAUCACGAACAGAGAUCAUUACGUCAAGACUGGAGGACACCCAGCCCAGAGGGCACCUGGAUCGGAUCCAUUCUUUGGAAGAAAUUAUUUCCGCUGUGCAAAUGAGCACUUGAGUGAGUAUGGACGGACUGAGGUUGAUUGGCGGUUAUCUGAGAAUCGGAACUCGCAGGCGCCGAGAAGGGCACGCUGUUGA